AUGACUAUUAAUGCCACCGCGACAAUGACCGAAUCUGACUCGCAAGGGAAGCGCAAGGCCUCUGUCGCCGGCCUGUCGGGCCACAAUCGGCCCGUCAAGCGCCGCGCUUCCAAAGCAUGCUGUUGCUGCCGCGCCCGCAAGGUGCGCUGCGAUGUCGUAGAAAACGGCUCGCCCUGCACGAAUUGUCGCCUCGACCAGGUCGAGUGCAUCGUGACGGAGAGCAAGCGCAGAAAGAAAUCUCGGGUCGAAGUAGACAACAACAAUCAGAUUGUUGACUCGCCCGGCGAGGCGUCGGAGGACAAUCUGACUCUGCACAACAGACUGAGCGACUCCUUGGGGUUCAACGAGAUGGAGCCCACCUCGCCCUCGCAGACCUCGGUCGAUAUUGACCACCGGGAGCAUAUGCCGCAUAUGCUGUAUCAAACCCAGGUGCAGCGAAUUGGCUCCGAUGACCGUUACCGUCGUCGCAUGGCACCCAACCUGGCCGUGCCAGCAUCGAUGCCCCUAGCCAACGUCACUUCGCAGAUUCAGCAGCUGUUGGACCCGUCGUUUGGUAGCCCACGCGGCGGUGUCUAUCUCCCAGACUAUAUUCGCGGUCUGCCCGCACGACUGCAAAAGGAGGACAUCGAGUAUCUAGCCGCCAAAGGAGCGCUGACCGUCCCUGAUGUGGCCCUGCGGAAUGAACUGUUGAAGAGCUACAUCCACUACGUACACACCUACAUGCCCUUGUUGGAUCUGGAGGAGUUUCUGCAAACGAUCGUUCACAACGACGGCAUUCACCGGAUCAGUUUACUGCUGUUUCAGGCGGUUAUGUUCGCUGGCAUGGCCUUCAUUGACAUGAAGCAUCUGCAGGCCGCGGGCUACCAAACUCGCAAAGCAGCUCGCAAAAUCUUUUUCCAACGCGCUCGGUUGCUCUAUGAUUUCGACUAUGAAGUCGACCGCAUCUCCUUGGUGCAGUCUCUUCUUCUCAUGACCUACUGGUACGAAACCCCGGACGACCAGAAGGACACCUGGCAUUGGAUGGGAGUCAGUUUGUCUUUGGCUCACACCAUCGGCCUUCACCGGGACCCCGGGAACUCGCGAAUGGAUCUUCGCCGCCAGCGGAUGUGGAAACGUAUCUGGUGGAGCACAUACACUCGCGACCGGCUGAUUGCCCUAGGCAUGCGGCGCCCGAUGCGCGUCAAGGACGAUGACUGCGACGUGCCGAUGUUGACCCUGGACGACUUUGAAUUCCACCCAUUCUCACCAGAAAUUGUCAGCAUGGUGGGCAACUCGGAGAUCUUGCAGAACGUGGGUCACCAGCGCGAGCUGGCUCUCAUGUUCAUCGAGAAGGCCAAGCUGUGCCUUUGCGUCAGCCACGUCCUGUCAGCCCAGUACUCGGUUUUGAGUCACAAAUUCGGCGGCACCAUGGAGACGACUAUGAUGCUUGUUCCGAAGAAGUCAACUGCGGAAACAUUCGAAGUGCGCCGUUGCGAUCAGGACUUGGAGGAUUGGCUGGCCAACCUCCCCGUGGAAACCCAAUACGUCUCAUCCGGCGGAUCUAAACUGUCCGAGGCAGAGGAGGUGUUGCACUCACAUCGUGCCCUGCUGAAGAUGGUCUACCUCACGACAUCUAGUGCGCUACAUCGCCCCCAGGUUCUUCCGGCCAUCCCGUAUCCAUCUAUGGACGCGGAGCUGCAGGACAUGUCGCGAAACAAGGUACGAUAUGCGGCAGUGGAAAUUACCAACAUUGCCCAGGACCUUCAUAGCCUAGACUUGACUCGGUAUUACCCUACGACUGGAGUCACGGUGCUCCUGCCGGCAGUCAUUAUCCAUCUGCUGGACAUCAAGUCGAGCGACCCGAGCAUUCGAAUGACCAGCCUCCAGCGCUUCUAUCAGUGCAUGCGCAUCCUCCAACGCCUGCGCGAGAUCUACGCGUCGGCCGACUUCGCCACAUCGUUCUUGGAGGCCGCGAUUCGCAAGGCCGGCAUCCAACUCACAGUUGCUCCGCAGGACGUGCAGUCAACCCGACGCAACGUCACCGGCGAAGGCAGCCGCCUUGAUACCCUGACACCACCGCCCGACUCUCUCGCCCAGAAGAUUCCAGAUCUGACCUACCCCAACCCCAAGGAGGCAACCGCCGGCGCGCGGACCGCCUCAGGUAUAUUCGCCUCGACCCCGCCACACUCCGACGGUAGCGACAACGGCAGCACAAACAACCUCAACCCGAACUUCACGCAAAAAGAUUCCCUCGCCAUGCCUGCCCUGGAGUCUGAAAUGAGCCUGACCGAACUGAUGGACCUGGCCAACGACGCUGAAGUGACCCAGAACGAUUUCGACGCCCUGAUCAACUUCGACGACGCAGGCAAUGACUUUUUUGCUGCGGACGAAAAUGGCGCUUCAUCCGGCCCCACUAUGACGGACAAUACUAUGAACGCAAUGUUCGAUUCUAUCUAUCCCAAAUCGACUGACGGCGCGACUCUGGACCGUGCCGAUCGCUCCGAGGCCCGCGCUGCCGAGGCUCACGCACGCAACCCGGCCGGUCUCUCCGCCGAUCUGGACACGGAUCUUGGACUCACCGUGGGCGAGUAA